GACAGCUACGUUCAAACAAACAUAACCUGUAAUAAAUAUUUUAUGUUUUAAUUGUCAGUUUUUAAUUUAAACCGAAAAUGUCUAAAGAUUCGCAUAUUGAUAGAGACUUAGACUUGUCUAACGCAACCCGUGGCGUGUGGUUGGUUAAAGUUCCAAAAUACGUGGCAAACAGAUGGGAGAAAGCCCCCAGUGAUAUGGAAGUUGGCAAAUUAAAAAUUACAAAGAAUGGAACACCCCCACAAGUCUCAUUAACGUUGUCUUCAGCAAUUUUAAAUUUGAAUGAACCAGGAGAGGAAAGUAUUCCGAAGGACCACCGUUUGGACGUUUCAAAAGUAACACAGCAGACUUUAGGAGUGUUUUCGCAUGUGAUACCCACACAAACCGAUGCUGUUGUGCCUGAAACUGAAAAGUUAUACAUGGAGGGCAAAAUUGUCCAAAAACUUGAAUGCAGGCCCUAUGCCGAUAACUGCUACAUGAAACUUAAAUUGGAAUCAAUCAGAAAAGCGUCAUUACCGACGCGAAAAGUUAAACAACUUGAUAGAGUUGUUACAUCUUAUAAACCAGUCUCAGAUCACAAAAAUAAUAUUGAGUACAUGGAGAGAAAGAAAGCUGAAGGUAAAAAGGCUCGUGAUGAUAAAGACGCCGUUUUGGAAAUGUUAUUCGCCGCAUUUGAAAAGCAUCAAUAUUACAAUAUUAGGGAUUUAGUAAAGAUUACUAAACAACCAAUUACGUAUUUAAAAGAAAUCCUCAAGGAAGUGUGUAAUUACAAUUUGAAGAAUCCUCAUAAAAAUAUGUGGGAAUUGAAACCUGAGUAUAGGCAUUACAAACAACCUGAAGUGGCUGAUGACAAGAAGGACUCGCAAUCAGAUGAUGAUUGAUGAGUUUAUUGUAAAAAUGCAUGAACGUAAAUAAAUACAAUUUUAAGUUUU